AUGACUGUCAAGAAGAAGAUUGCCGUCAUGACCUCGGGAGGCGACUCCCCGGGCAUGAACGCCGUUGUUCGCGCCGUCGUCCGCAUGACCAUCCAUAUGGGUUGUGACGCCUUUUGUGUCUACGAGGGAUACGAGGGUCUGGUGCAGGGCGGCGACCUCAUCAAGAAGAUGGGAUGGGACGACGUCAGAGGCUUCUUGUCCGAGGGCGGCACUCUGAUUGGCACUGCGCGAUGCAUGGCCUUUUACGAACGACCGGGCCGGUUGACGGCGGCCAAGAACAUGGUGCUCAACGGCAUCGAUGCCCUUAUCAUCUGCGGAGGUGACGGCUCUCUGACCGGUGCUGACAAGUUCCGGGCUGAGUGGCCGUCGCUGAUUGAUGAGCUCGUUUCCAACAACGAGCUGACCGCCGAGCAGGUUGCGCCGUACAGGCACCUGAACAUCGUCGGUCUCGUCGGAUCCAUUGACAACGACUUGUCCGGUACGGAUGCGACAAUUGGCUGCUACUCGGCGCUCUCCCGUAUCUGCGAAAUGGUCGACUACAUCGAGGCAACCGCUUCUUCGCACUCUCGUGCUUUCGUUAUUGAGGUCAUGGGACGACACUGCGGAUGGCUGGCUCUGCUGGCGGGAGUUGCGACGGGAGCAGACUUUGUCUUCAUUCCCGAGCGGCCAAGAGAUCACGAUUGGAGAAAGGACAUGAAACUUGUGGUACAACGCCACCGCAAAAUGGGGAAAAGAAAGACCAUCGUCAUCGUUGCAGAGGGUGCCCGAGAUAAAAAUGGCACCAAGAUUUCUCCCUCGGAAAUCAAGGAUCUGCUGGCAGACACCAGCGAGGGCGGCCUCGGCCUCGAUACCCGAAUCACCACCCUGGGACAUGUUCAGCGAGGAGGCACAGCCGUGGCCUACGACCGCAUGCUUGCCACACUACAAGGCGUUGAGGCCGUAAAGGCUGUGCUAGAGGCCACCCCCGAGACCGAGACUUGCUUCAUUGCUAUCAACGAGAACAAGAUUGUGCGAAAGCCACUCAUGCAGGCCGUCAAGGAGACGAAGGAGGUCGCCGUUGCUGUUGACGCCAAAGAUUUCGACAAGGCCAUGGGUCUACGAGACACUGAAUUCUCAGACCAAUACAAGUCCUACCUGACAACCACAAACGUCCUGAUUGACGACCACAAGCUACCCGAGAAGAACCGAAUGAAGAUUGGAUUCAUCAACGUUGGCGCUCCUGCUGGCGGUAUGAAUGCCGCUGUGCGCGCAGCUGUUGCAUACUGCCUCUCUCGUGGACACGAGCCCCUUGCUAUUCACAAUGGGUUCGCCGGAUUCGCUCGCCACCACGGUGAUUCGCCUCUCGGAGCUGUCCGACCAUUCGACUGGCUCGAGGUCGAUGGCUGGGCCAGCAAAGGAGGGUCUGAGAUUGGUACCAACCGUGAACUGCCUUCAGAGUCCGGCAUGGAACUGAUUGCUAAUCUCAUUGAGGAGUAUCAAUUUGAUGCUCUCUUCAUUGUUGGCGGUUUCGAAGCAUUCCACGCCGUCUCGGAGCUGCGCAAGGCCAGGGAUCAGUAUCCAUCGCUCUGCAUCCCCCUUUGCCUCUUACCGGCAACCAUCUCCAACAACGUUCCCGGUACUGAAUACUCACUGGGAUCAGACACUUGUCUCAACGAGCUGGUCAACUACUGCGACAAGAUUAAGCAGUCCGCUUCCGCCACACGGCGCCGUGUCUUUGUUAUUGAGACUCAGGGCGGACGUUCCGGUUACGUUGCUACAUUGGGAGGCCUCAGUGUGGGAGCCUCUGCCGUCUACAUUCCCGAAGAGGGAAUCAGCCUCGAGAUGCUCAACGCAGACGUCAAGCACCUCAAGGAGGUUUUCAACCAGGACAAGGGCCAGUCUCGCGCGGGUCGCCUUAUUCUCAUCAACGAGAAGGCCAGCAAAGUCUACGAUGCGAAGCUCAUUGCCAGCAUUAUCCGCGAGGAAGCUCACGACCGCUUCGAAAGCCGAGAGAGUGUUCCCGGACACGUGCAGCAAGGUGGUGUCCCUUCGCCCAUGGAUCGAUGCCGUGCUGUCCGUUUGGCCAUCAAGUGUAUCGAGCACCUGGAAGACUUUGGCCGCAAUGCGCAUAACCGAGUAAAGAAGGAUCCCAACAGCACAAGCGUGAUUGGUAUCCAGGGCUCUGAGGUUGUCUUCACACCGAUUGCAGAGCUUGAGGAGAAGGACACAGACUGGCCCAACAGAAGACCCAAGGCUGCCCACUGGUUGGACAUGCGCGAGGUGGUGGACAUUCUGGGCGGAAGACCACCCUAUCCCAAGCCGGAGAGGAGCUUAACAGGACUCGUUGCAAAGGAUAUGAAGCGUGGAAUUUACUCGAGUGGGGACUAA